CAUGGGGUCAAGAGAUCACGCAUCGAUGCUCAAGCACAGGCAGCCAAGCAGAAAGAAGAUGCUCAUAUAAGAGACACUUACGCCGAGCUUGUGGAACAGUGCUGGAUGAAGAGAUCGGCAAAAGAGUACUCGCUUGCGAGUCUCGCGCAAACCACCAAGGUGUUAGAUAUAAAUCCCGAGUUCUAUACAAUCUGGAACUUUCGUAGGGAGAUCUUGCUGGGAGGACUCUUGGAUGGGCAAGUCCUGACAUCGGUAACUUUACUGCAGCAGGACUUGAAGUUGACGGUAUCCUACUUGCAAAUCCAUCCCAAGGUCUACUGGAUCUGGACUCAUCGGAAAUGGUGUCUCGAAAGGAUGCCCGAUGAUAUCGAGGACCAUGUCAAUUGGAAGCAGCAGACUUGGAAGGCAGAGCUUGGCCUGGUCGAAAAAAUGCUCGAGCGCGACGCCCGGAAUUUUCACGCGUGGGAUUACAGGCGCCAUGUUCUUGCUUCAGGAUUCCCGAAUCGGGGACCAGAUGCUGAGCUCAAGUAUACGACAAAGAAAAUCGAGGGCAACUUUUCGAACUUCUCCGCUUGGCAUCAGCGCACCAAGGUUUUGGGUUCGCUCUGGGAGGACAUGCAGAGAGAAGGGAUCCGGGAAAAUCUGGAUGAAAUCGAACGAAUGAAACAGGCAGAGUUUGAGCUCGUACUGCAGGCACUCUGGACCGAUCCAGGCGAUCAAUCCGGCUGGCUAUACCACAGAUGGCUCAAAGAAACAGGAGAAGAUGAGCUCAUCUUAGGCAGAGAGAUCGAUAAUAUCCGGGAAUUGCUGGAUGUUGAACCAGAUGCUAAAUGGCCUUUGGACAGCCUCGUACAUUACUCUAUGCUGCAGCUUGGUCGGCAUGGAGUUUCAGACGCCUCUAUGGUCAAAUUGGACAUUGAGCGGUGGCUCUCUCGGCUCCAACAGGUCGACCCAUUUCGUCGCCGAAGAUAUGCCGAGCUUCGUAAGUCGCGAUGA